UUGGUAGUAACCGCAGUUGAACUCGUGAUGGCGGCGAUGGUGUUCGCCGGGGAAGGGGCCACCGCGCGCGGCGGGUGCUCGUCGGAAUGCGCCAGCGGCCCGGAUCUUGGGAGCCGGGAGCACCGCGCCGCGGGGGACGGCUGCGGCAAGAGGAGCGUGUACCUCAUGGAGUGCGUGCCGCUGUGGGGCUGCGCCGCGACGCGCGGCCACCCCGCGGAGAUGGAGGACGCGUGCGCCGUCGUACCGCGCUUCGCCGACGUGCUCGUGCGGAUGCUCGCGACCAGCCGGGAGAUGGGCGGGAUCGGGGUCGACUUCGACGCCUCUGAUCUCCGGCUGCCGGCGCACCUCUUCGGCGUGUACGAUGGACACGUCGGCCCGGAGGUGGCAAACUACUGCCGAGACAAGAUCCACGUCGUGUUACGAGACGUGCUGCGAGCCGGGAAGGGGCUGGGGGAAGUAGGGGAGGUGGAUGUGAAGGAACCAUGGGAGAAGGUUUUCGGCGAUUGUUUCCAGAAGGUCGACAAUGAGGUUGAGUCCCGUGCGGAACCUGUUGCCGCCGAUAACGUGGGUUCCACUGCUGUUGUUACGGCUGUCUGCUCAUCUCAUGUCAUAGCUGCGAACUGUGGAGAUUCACGGGUCAUGCUCUGCCGCGGGAAGGAGCCGAUUUCUCUCUCCGUCGAUCACAAACCUGAUAGGAAGGAUGAGCUCGCCAGGAUUGAGGCUGCAGGUGGGAAGGUCAUUGACUGGAAUGGUUAUCGUGUCUCUGGUAUACUCGCAAUGUCACGGUCAAUCGGGGACCGAUACCUGAAACCAUUUGUGAUUCCAAAACCCAAAGUCACUGUUGUUCCACGGGCAAAAGAUGAUGACUGCCUCAUUCUAGCGAGCGAUGGUUGA